UAGACGCUCGGGAUAAUCAUUCACCGCAGUUUCAAAUUCAACAAAUAGUUAAAGGCCGUUGCUGUUUUGUGAUGACUUCUGACAUUCUACAUGGAAAGAUUAAUCCACUUGAUGACGGAUUAGUGGAUAAAACGUCUCUGCGAUGCCCAUAUCAAUAAAAAGGGCACUGUGGGUCAGUAAUUUGCCUGGUAGGACUUUUGCAGUGAUGAUUCAGGGAUUUUUGCUCUAUGCCCAGGAUCAAGACUUUUGGCAGCGAUGCCAGCGUGUUAAAUCCCUGCUCAUUGAAAAAACAGCUAAAGUGGGAUCUGCUAACCUUUUGAUUGAGGUUUAUAUAGAGGGGCUCUCGUCCUGCUUUGUGAGACCACCAUUUUCCGUAGGUGACUGGCUCCAGUACUCUUUGCAGGAUGAGUAGUAAGAUCAUAUUUUAUGAGGACAGGAACUUCCAGGGUCGCUCCUAUGAGUGCGACACAGACUGCCCGGACAUGCACCCACACUUCAGCCGCUGCAACUCCAUCAAAGUAGAGAGCGGCUGCUGGGUGCUGUACGAGAAGCCCAACUACACCGGCUACCAGUAUGUGCUGACCAGAGGGGAGUACCCAGACUACCAGCGCUGGAUGGGCUAUAAUGACACCAUCCGCUCCUGCCGCACAUUCUCCUAUACCAGUGAGGGCCCCUACCGCAUGCGCAUCUAUGAGCGGCCCAACUUCCAGGGUCAGAUGAUGGAGUUCAGUGAUGACUGUGAGUCAGUGCAGGAUCACUUCCGUAGCCGUGACAUCUACUCCUGUAACGUGAUGGACGGUUACUGGACCCUCUAUGAACACCCCAACUACCGCGGCCGUCAGUACUUCAUGAGGCCUGGAGAGUACCGCAAGUUCAGUGACUGGGGGGCCACCUGCGCCACCACCGGGUCCUUCCGCAGAAUCACAGAGUUUUAAUCUCAUUUGAAUCCACUGAUUUUGCUUUUUAGUUUAAUCAAAAACACAUUUCCUCCUUCAAAAAAACAUUUGUGGAAACUAGUUAUGUUAAUAAAAUAAUGUGUCUUAUGAUACAAUGAGGAGUGGGAUGUUUCAUUUUGUUAUGAUAAGACAGAGAAGGAGGAGACUGACCUGACAUAUCUAUAUGAU